AUGGGAAAUUGGUGCUGCGGUCAGCGGCCGACCAACGAUUCACCGCCUUGUCUUUCGCAUUUUUCCAUUAUUCGAAGUAUCGGCCGUGGAGCGUUCGGCAAGGUUUGCAUAGUACAACAACGUUCCACCAAAAAAUAUUUCGCUCUUAAAUAUAUGAGUAAAAGAAGGUGUAUAGAGAAGGGAGUGGCCGGAAACGUACUCCGUGAACUAAGUCUGCUAAGAAAGAUCUCUCAUCCGUUCAUCGUGAACCUUUGGUACACGUUCCAAGAUCGAGACUACAUGUAUAUGGUCACGGAUUUGUUGCUUGGCGGUGACCUACGAUUUCAUCUCAAUCAACAAGGGAAAUUUGCUGAGGAUAGGUCAAAACUGUACAUGUGCGAAAUCUCUCUGGCGAUCGACUAUUUGCACGAGAAAGGAAUCAUGCACAGGGAUAUCAAGCCGGAGAAUAUUUUACUGGAUGAACAAGGCCAUGCCCACCUCACCGAUUUUAACCUGGCCACUCAACUUGAGGCUAACAAGCUCGCUACCUCGUAUUCAGGAACCCGUCCAUAUAUGGCUCCUGAGAUCUAUGCUUGUGCUUUGGGAAUAAUCGAUGGCUACGAUUUGAAGGUGGAUUGGUGGUCGUUGGGAGUGACAUUCUAUGAGAUGAUGCGUGGGCGUACUCCAUACGAAUUCAGUCCACAUUUUACCGCCGAACAGGUAUUACUGCUAAUACGUGAGAGUUAUGUACCGUUUCCGGCUCAUUGGCCAACAGAUCUACUCAAUUUCCUGCGACUUUUGCUCUACCCGUCACCGGAAGGUCGUCUUGACUCGUUGGCCGCGCUCAAAGUGCAUCCGUAUACAGCCAGAAUAGACUUCGCCAGUGUUCUUGCCAGACGUGCUGCCCCAGUGUUUGUGCCUUGUAAGGAGGGUCUUAAUUGUGACCCAAUGUAUGAAUUAGAGGAACGAAUUAUCGUCUCCACACCGAUACAUCGUAGGCGACAUAAUAAGAAACGAUUUGAUGAAACCGAUGCGCUCAGGGAAGUGUCACAGGCAUUUAUCGAUUAUUCACGUCCGGAAGCGCUUGCAAACGGCACAGCGGCAACGUGCCGGUAG